AUUCAGCAAUGUUUUUGCACAAGAAAUGUCAGCCUGCAGAAAGGGCUAUCUUCAUCCUCCGUCAAAUUACACCACGACGAUGACAUGCCCCAACAACCAAGCUGGGAAUUCGUUUUUCGUGGACUCUUUGAUCAACGUGAGAACCGACAGCGGUUCGUAUUACCAAAGUAACGGUGUCUAUUUGCCACCGGCGUCGGAAUAUCCCUAUGGACUCUCCGGUGGCUCGUGUUUCCCCGGGAUCGGUAAGCGCACCGAGCCAAUAAGCACCCAAAUCCCGUCCUCUGCUCCGUAUGUCCAAGGGAUGGAGACGUGGCUGGAGACGUCCAGGUCCUGCCGGGUGGAUCAGCCGAGCAGCAACCAGCAGCAUAAUAUGGCUCCUCAGUGCUCCUUCUCACCGAAUAUAAAAGAGGAGUACUGCCUUUACGAGCCGGACAAAUGUGCCAAAGGAGCAACAGUAGAUGACAUUUCCUACUCGAGCGCGUCGUGCCCAGUCCCCGGCUAUUUCCGCCUGUCUCAGACGUACGCGUCCUCCAGGCUUUACCAUGAUGUGCAGCCAAACAUGAAUCACUUUACUCUGCAACAACAACGACCUGCCCGCCUGCUGGACAGCCAGCAGCAGCCGCCUCAGGCUGCGUCUGCUGCUGAGCUCGAGCGGAGGAGGGAGAGCCACGAGGAGGCGCCGCCGGUCCUCGCGCCAUGCGCACCCGCACCGGCACCGGCCAGAGACGAGGAGGACAGCCGUCUCUCUGAGGAGACCUCAUCCUCUCCUGAGCCCGCUGCUGAGACAUGCAGCGCCGAGUGUCCAGAAAAGCCAGUCAAAGGAGAUGGAAAAAUGCAAAGCACGGCCAACUGGCUCACAGCUAAGAGUGGCCGAAAGAAGCGCUGCCCUUACACCAAGCACCAGACUCUGGAGCUGGAGAAGGAGUUCCUCUUCAACAUGUACUUGACUAGAGAGCGUCGCCUGGAGAUCAGCCGCGGUGUGCACCUCACUGACAGGCAAGUCAAAAUCUGGUUCCAAAACAGGAGGAUGAAACUGAAAAAAAUGAGCCGUGAGAACAGGAUCCGAGAGCUCUCCAGCAACUUCAGUUUCUCAUGAGACUGUCUGCGUCUUUUGGCGCCCUAUACCUCCAUCCAUGGCAUCCAAAGGGCGCCUGUGCAGAAGCCAACUGUGAGAAUGUCCAUGGAAAAAAAAUAGGACCCUACUGCUUAACUUAUUGAUUGUUGUUCUUUCUUGUUUUAUUUUGUCGUGGAUAUAUAUGUAUUUAUAAAUGGCUACAUUUGUAAUCCAUUGUGUUUGAAAUGUUCCCAAUGUGACCACAAUGUUUCAGAGCUUUCAGGCUUGUACAUAAUUGUAUAGUCAACCUGAGUGAACCAUUGGAAAUUUGCAUGCAGGACUAACCUUUUAGGACACUUGUGUUAUACAGUAACAUGUAGACCUUUAUGUGACAGCUAAAACAGCCUAGGAGGUCUGAUGAAUAUUUGCACUUUUUGUUCCUGGUCAAAUUAAUAAAACCAUCCCUGCAA